AUGCCACUACAAUCACAAGAAUUUAUGGCAGGGCCGAUGAUGAAUUUACAUUCAAGCCAUAAGGAAUCCAAUGCAAAUAAAGUUACCUCAGUAAACAAAAACAAAUUAACAUCACAACCUGGUGUAUCAGCCUCUCAGUCAGCCAAGAAAUCAGUUUCAGGGAAAGUUAAAUCUAAUGCAGGAAAUCCGACAACGAAUCCAACAUCUCAGUCCGGAGAGGUUGACCCUGAAACGAUUUCUGCAGACGAACAACUCGAUGAAAAUCAAAUGCAAUCAAAAUCAGAAAAACCUACAAAAAAGAAAAAAGAUGAAAAAGUUUCAAAGAAUGUAGAUUCAGAAUCAGAAGAACAGACCGCAAAACCAGCAGAUCAAGCUGAAGAGGUAGACACUCAAAGCUUUUAUGCAGCCGAAAAAUCGAUUCAAAAUCAAAUACCAUUAAAUACAGCAGAAUAUCCACCCAAGACAACCGAAAACAAAUAUUCUUUUAAACCGUUAGAAUCUAGUUGGAAUGCAGAAACACAACUUACACCCAAGAGAAUUGCCAGUAAGGAUGAUUUAUCUUUACAAACUGAUGCGACAUCAAAAGCAUCUGCUCGGUCAGCAACGCAAUUCGCUUCAGAGGAAGCAUCUUCUGACAGAAUAGGACCAGUUGCAAAACCAAAUGCUCAACACUCUCAGUCAAAUGCGAGGUUUAAAGAUCCAGAAUCAGCUACAAAAUCAGCUGCAAAUCCAGUGACUGUUAACGUUGCUUCCAACAAUGUUGGAUUCAACGAAUGUCCCAAAACAAAUUUGUUGUCAAUCAAACAUGACACUCCAAGCGUUAAAGAUUCCGCUGAGAAAACCCUAUCACUAUCCAAUGAAAAAACAACAGAAACUGAAAUAAAAGAAAAGCAGAAUUCAUCUUUGAGUUACAUUUCGAAAUUAUCAACCAAUGCCGAAUCUAAAACUCCAGGAAAAGAAAGCAGAAAAACAAAUGCACAAUCACCAACUCAAUCAGCUGAAAAGAAAGUAUUUUCUAAACCAGAAUUUGCUAUAAAACCACCUGUUAGUUCAGCGAAUAACAACGUUGCAUCCGAUGGUGAUGGAUCCUCAAUGAGGUCAAUAGAGGAAUGGCCGCCAAAUAAAUUUGCCACUUCAGAUGAUAAACCGUCUGUUGAAAACACACCUUCAAUGUCCGUCGAAAAAACAAAAGAAGAUGAACAAAAAAUGGGACAGAAUAAAUCUUCGAAUUACUUGUCCGACCAAUCAACCAACGUCGGAACUCUAUUAUUGGAAAAGACAGGCAACCCAUUGGUUGCCAUUGCGAUAGCGGUUGGUGUGGAAAUUGUAUUUGUAUCGUUCGAACUUUACAACAUUCACAAAAUUAAAAUCGAUGAUUCCAUGACUAGAAGACAGAGAAGAAGGGCAAUGUUUUCAUCUGUAAUUGCUGUAGGGGCUGGUUUAUUUGCAUGGUUUGUCGGUGGGUUAUAUAUUCCAAAUUCUUUUGGGGGGAAAUGUCUUGUAUAUGUUGCUUUUCGUUUUGGGGGUAAGUUCCUAGGAAAGCAAUUCUUUGAAAAACUUUUUCCGUUUUAG